AUGAAGACAGGUACAACUUUACAGGAUCAUCUUGAUGUUUUUAAUAAAUUGGCUAUGGAUCUUACUCAUGCUGAUAUUAAAGUGGGAGAUGAAGAACUAGCGUGCAUUCUAGUGUUUUCAUUAUCACCGGCAUACAAAGACGUAGUUAAUUCAAUGAUGUACAAUAAGGAGGUGGUCAUGUUACAGAUGGUAAGACAUGCAUUGAAUUCGGAUGAAUUAAGAAACCAUAUCAAUAAUGAUGAGAAAGAGGACUAUGGUGAGGGUUUGACGGUUAGAGGUCGCUCAAGCCAAAGAGGAAGAGGCCAAUCAGUAGCUAGGUCAAAUUCUGGGAAAAGGGUAGCUCAGACAUCUGGAGAAGAUUAUGUGCUAACUGCUUCAACAGAUGACAUUCAGACACAUAAGUGGAUUUUAAAUUCAGCUUGUACCUUUCACAUGUGCUUCAGAAAAGAUUGGUUUACUAGCUACGAGUAG